AUGUUUUCCUCAUCACUAUUCGCUCAUUGCAUGCUUGCUUUUCUGUUUUUGGGUGUAUCCAAUGCAUUCCCUCUUUUGAACCGGCAGGCCACCGCUACCGCUCAGCUUUCUACACCGACUACUUUGACAACGGUGACCAGUUCCAUGACACCGGCCGGUCCUCUCACACAGACCUGUGUCAUUACUUUAACUCCGAUCACGGAUUCGAAUGGCAAACCCGCAGUGCAGGAGGUUAAGAAUUGUACUGUUGCAGUCAAUGCGAGCAAUGGUACUACGGCGAACACCUUGUCAAAUAGCCCAGCUUCGUCAUCGUCUGCAAGUUCAUCUAAUGCAGCGACCGCAGCGUCGACUACAACGACUUCAGCUGCAGCGACGGCGGAAAGUAGCACCUCUACUGUUUCCCCAGCUACUUCCGCAACUGCCGCAUCGACCUCUUCCGUCUCUGCCAACGCGGCUAUUUCAGUUAAUGGGAUCUCUACAAUGACAUCCCUUGCGCCCGGUACACAGACUGCUUCAGCCAGUGUAUCAUCAUCUGCCUCAGAUUCCGCCGCCGCCGUUUCAGCAUCCAGUGCUGCCGCUACAUCAGUCGCAAGUGCUUCGGCAGGGUCGGCCAGCGGAGCAUCUGCGACUGCAACGUCCAGCUCAGCGACGGCAGCAGCAGAUAAUUCGAAUCCCACCGCCAGUCUUUCCACGCAACAGCUUGCAGAAACUACAUACGUUGUUCCUGGGAAAUCUCUUCAAGUUCUUCCGAUUGGUCUCGGUGUCUUCGCCGGAAUAUCAGCAUUGGCAUUAAUCGUUGUCGGUCUGGUCACCUACGAACGAACGAAAUACCGGAAGGCGUUCAGACAGAGAAAACUUGCAGAGCAAGGAGCAGCAAUGGGCUAUUCUGGUUAG